GCUGCAGUGGAGUCCGGAAGUCUCUGAGCAAGCAGUGCAAAGCUCGAGGUCCCGGGAGGCUCUCGUUGCUAUGGUGAUGACUCCGCGAGGGCCUCGGGCCAGCGGUAUCCGAGGACUGGAGGAGGGUCCAGACCCCGCCCCCGACGUCGGGAUUCGGGAGCUACGAGCCAGUCCCGCGAGGCCACUGUUGCUGUGGUGAUUUGCAGCGGCCUGCGCGCAGGAGCCUGAUCUUUGCAGCUUUGGUGAGUCCUCUCACCCUCCCGGCUGGAGGUUAUGGUCCUGAGGCUGUCAAGCCCCCUGCCCUCCUCCUACUCCCAAACCUGAGUGUGGCCUGCAGGCCUGGGCCAGGCCUCUGCGGGAGCCAGGUCAGAAGAGGACAGCCGACUUAGGAGUGGUGGUGGGGUAGAUGCUGGGUGAUGUAAGGCAGGGAAAGUGGCUGGAACCUAAAGUCACUCAGAGACAGACUAAGGGCAGGGGACCCCUCCCUACUCUAUUUCCAUUAUCUGGGCUGUGAUCCACAAACAGGAUUGGUUUUGGUUUGGUUUGGUUUUUGGAUUGUUUGUUUUUUUAAUACCUCCCACAUGCCAAGGAAGUGAAUCCAAAAAAGGAGCCCCUCUUCCUAGGCGUGGGAUCAAGGAGACCACACCUCCCAACUCUGGGCCAGAUGGGGUAUGGGCUGCCCCUCCUCCACUGUGCUGCCUACGUCGCGAAUGGCCUCUGCCUAACAUUUGCAGAUAGGGGUGGAGACCCAGAUAUGUUUUAAGUCACAGGUGCAUUUUGAGAAUUUGAAUGGCUUCCUGAGUCUUGUUAAAAGACAGCUAUAACAAUUUUUGUCCUAAUUGACUCCGUGAAUCUAGAAUUGGGCAACACUUCAUCCUGUGAAAUAAACUGAGUGUUGUCAUGUUUUCCUUGGCUCGGUUUGGGUCUCUUGGUGUGACAGGCUCUCAGUGUGUCAUGGAAGGACUCCGGAGCUCAUCAUCCUCCUGCCUCUGCUUCCCAAGUGCUGACUAUAUAGACCCGUGUCACGACGACACGUGGGUAGGAGUUUGAUUUUAUAGACAGAAAAAGAAAGGAGAGUAAAAAUAGUAAAAAAGCAAAUUGGUUAUUUCAAAGUUACUUCAAUUAUAAGACAAUUCAUGCCAGCUCAGGUUGACCGGUCCCCUUGACUUCCCACAGAAGUCCCAAAGAUCUCUUGUUUUGUUGGAAAACUAGCCCAUUCAGAAGUCUGUUUGAUCAUGUGACACCUAACAUACUCUGUGCUAGUCCGAUCUACUGGGCCAUGAUGCAGAAUGUUUUAUGUAAUACUCUUUACCCCCCUGAUUGAGUCUGCAGAACACUGGAAGAAUGAGGUCCUCUUGGACCCCUUUGGGGCCCCCUGUGAGCCAGGACCGCAUCAUCACCAGCUUCCCUAAGUGGUACACGCCGGAUGCCUGCCUGCAGCUCAAGGAGCACUUCCACAGCCAAGUCAGCACAGCCUGCCAGCACAGGAACACAGGCACCGCUGGGCUCAGACUCUCCAAGGUGGUGGUCGUUGGUGAUCUCUAUGUGGGAAAGACGAGCCUCAUUCACCGGUUGUGCAAGAAUGUUUUUGACCGUGAUUACAAGGCCACGAUCGGCGUAGACUUUGAAAUCGAGCGCUUUGAGAUCGCAGGGAUUCCCUACAACCUCCAGAUCUGGGACACAGCCGGGCAGGAGAAGUUCAAGUGUAUUGCAUCUGCCUACUACCGUGGUGCCCAGGUGAUCAUCACAGCCUUUGACCUCACUGACGUGCAGACUCUGGAGCAUACCAGGCAGUGGCUGGAGGAUGUGCUGAGGGAGAAUGAGGCAGGCUCUUGCUUCAUCUUCCUUGUGGGAACCAAGAAGGAUCUCCUGUCGGAUGCAGCGUGUGAGCAAGCGGAAGCAGAGGCUGUGCAUCUGGCCAAUGAGAUGCAGGCAGAGUACUGGUCUGUGUCAGCUAAGACUGGAGAGAACGUGAAGGCAUUCUUCAGCCGCGUCGCCGCCCUAGCCUUUGAACAGUCUGUACUUCAGGACCUAGAGAAGAGGCCCAGCACCCAGUUCCAGGUCGGAGAUGGAGAUGGAGACCUAAUACGAAUAGAGGUACCCAAGACCCAGGAGAACAAGAGGCCGCCCGGCCUAGGCUGCUGUUAACCGAGGCCAGAAUCAGAGCCAUCUACAGGGCGACUGGAACCCAGGCUCUUCAGCGGAUAUGCCUUCAAGCUGGAGAAGCCCCGUCGUGUCUUCAGAGCCCAAGCCUGAUUUCGCUUUAGCCGGUCGGCAGCCACUGGCUGCUGAAGCCCCAUACUGCCCGGCUGGUUGAUGGGCGCCAGUGUGAGCCUUCCCUAUAGGGUCUUCAGACGGUUGCUGUGUUCUUAAGAGGCCUCAAGACUACUAACUCGGAAGCUGGGCAUGGUGGCGCAUGCCUUUAAUCCCAGCACUUGG